CGGUGCGGAGCGGUGCGGGGCGGCGGGAUGCGGGUGUCGGUGGCGGCCGCCAUCUCGCACGGGCGCGUGCAGCGGCGGCUGGGGCUGGGCCCGCGCUCGCGCCUGGACCUGCUGCGGGGGCUGGUGACGGCGCUGGUGCGGCACGAGCGCGUGGAGGCGCCCUGGGCGCGCGCCGACGAGAUGCGGGGCUACGCGGAGCGGCUGAUCGAUUACGCCAAGCUGGGGGACACGGACGCGCGCGCCAUGCGGAUGGCGGAUUUCUGGCUGACGGAGAAGGACCUCGUCCACAAGCUGUUCAAGGUGUUGGCGCCGCGGUUUCAGCCCCACCCCGGCGGCUACACCCGCCUGCUGCAGAUCCCUAACCGGGAGGGCCUGGACCGCGCCAAGAUGGCGGUGGUGGAGCUGAAGGGGAACCCCUUCCCGCCGCUCGUCCGCCCGCGGCGCGACUCCGAGAAGACCUUGCUCAACCAGCUCCUGAAGGGCUACCGGGAGGACACGCAGCCGGCCCCGCAGCCCCCCCGCGGCACCCCUGUCUAGGCCUCCCCGCCUGCCUGAGGGAGGCCGCUGCGCCCGCACGCACCAGCCCCUUGUUGCUGUCCUGGAGCAGAGGAGUGGGAGGUGCCCCGCGAGAUCUGGAGGUAGCCUGGGGUUUCCAGGGUGAUGGCAGAAGCUGAAGGGUUUACUUGCUUCUUCCUGGGGUUUGAGGAGAGGCUCGGAUAAGGAGGGAGGUCAAGCUGGGAGACCUCAUGGUUGAUGUUCUGCGUAAAUAAACGCCGUUCAGAAAGCGA